AUGUCCACCACGAAGCACGACGAUCCCAGAGACUCGUCCCUCGAGACACCGGUUACCCCACCGAAGACAUGGUAUCUCGAUACCGGUGAGGGAGUAGCAACCUCAGGCAUGUUCCUGUCCGGUUUGAUUAUGGUCACCAAAAAUCGGUUCCUUGCAUGGCCUUCUGUGCUAUUCGGAAUCAACACGUUGAUUAACCAGCACCCUAUGCGAUCAAAGGAAAGUGGAGGAAGCUGGUCUAACCUUUUGCUGUGUGUCUCUGCUCUCAUUGCAUCUUACGUGCCUGUAUUCGUGAUUACACGAAAUGUUCCUGCAGCUGCUCCGCCUGCUGCAUAG